AUGGGGGAUCAGGAGAGCGCAGAUCAGGACAACCCAGACUUUACCGCAGGGCCGUUCGUAGCUCGCAGAAAUCCUACGGGGGAUAUCGAGUCACUGUUAGACUCGCUGUAUCUUCAGGAUGGAGACGUCAGUCUGAAUGGAGAUGACAGAAUAGAACGGGCUCACUCACAGGACAGAGUUAAUGAGGAAAAUUCCGACCAUACUAGUCAGAAUGGGGAGGAGGCUUUGGGAGCUCUUGGGAGAGGGCUGUUGGAGCCUCUUACUCCUGUAGUGGUGCAGAGGGAGAAUAGAGUGGACAUUUCCCAAACUGACUGGGACAGUAUGCAGAACAGAAUGAGGGUUUUGGAAUGUCACCUAGGAGCUCUGGAGACUACUCACAGAGAGUCUGUGUCUAGUUCUCUCAACAGAGAAGCAUCCUUUAGGGAGAGUGUUGAAAGGGCUUUGGCAAAAAUGGAACAGGAAUUCCAGGACAAGAUAGAGGUGUUAGAGAAGAACAUGGUUAGCUGUUUAAAGAGGAGGGAUGAGAAGUGGCAAAGAGAGAUUAGUACUUUGCGUCCCACUAGUACCCCUAUUAAUCAGAGAACCAUUGCUGUAUCCACUGACAUGGGUGGUCCCCCUCCCCUUAAUGCCACCUUUAGUAUGCCUGGUGUAUCCCCGUUCUACUUCAAGCCUCCAGUCCGUUUGGAUUUCCCCACAUUUGGACCUAGUUGUGAAACCGCGGACGUGUUGAGUUUUGUGGAACAAGCAGAGAACUUUUUGGAGUUACGCCCACUCUCGGUACCAGAACUGAUGGGGACAUUAUCCUCCGUGUUGAGGGGACCUGCGCUAAGCUGGUGGAAAGCUGCAAAAGGCCAGGUGCUUGAUUGGAGUAUGUUUAAAGAGACAUUUUUGAACGCAUUCCUUCCCACGGACUAUAUGGCGGAAGUGGAGGAAAAGCUGAGGGAGCUGGUGCAGCAGCCCGACCAACGUCUGCGGGACUUCGCUUAUGAUUACCAGGCCCUGUGUCUCAAAUGGAAACCGGAUAUGCCCGAGGAAGAAAUCGUGAGACGCAUACUUAACAACACAAAUCCAAAAGUAGCGGGGUGUUUGAGAGGAACUGUCCAUACGGUCACAGACCUGGUGAAAGUGGGGUCCAUGGUGGAGAAAGACUGUGGUAGCGCUAAAGGCUAUUGGCAGAAAGUGCAUGCCUCCACCGAGGGAACUGGGAAAAGGGCCCUAGAAAAAAGAGGCGGGAAUAAAUUCAAUGCAGUUGUCACCCAACCUCCACCGCCCCAAAUGCCGAGAGCAGAGCUGCUGUUGGUUCCUCUUACCAUAUGCAAUGUCCAGGGAGUAGCUGUGGUGGAUACCGGAAGUACCUACACGCUCAUGCGAGAGGGUCUAUGGAGGAACCUCCAUGGCACCUCAAGAGACUUGAUUCCAUCAGAGGACCAGAGGUUUGUCAUGGCGGAUGGAACCGCGCAUGUUGCCCUGGGAAAACAACGCUUCGGACUGGACUGGCAUGGUCGAAAGCUGAGUGUCGAGGCGCAUGUUAUGGACGACAGACAUCUCGCUUUUCCCAUGAUAAUCGGACUGGAUUUUCUGACUGAUGCUGGGGUUAUCCUAGACCUGGCUAAACGCGUUUAUGGAUUACAAACAGCAAAUGGUUAUGUUUUCCAUCCCUUCCUUCUGCCGCCCACAAGACCGGGUCCAUGGACGAGAACUGUUCCGAGGGUGCAUUUAUAUUACGCACCCCAACCGGGCAGAUUCCUGCCAUGCUGGACCUCGUAUCCGCUCAUGAUGAACUCUGUCUCUGUCGACCAGCCCAAUGAACUUUCUCAACUCAUUAAUGGCCUGGCCCACAGUGACUUCCAGUGUGCUCGGCAAGACCACAGUGGAAAAACACACAAUUUACACCCAGGACGAGGUGCCAGUUAA